AUGAGUUUGAUUUUAAUUCCAGGUCCUGUAGAAUUGAGUGAAAACGUUAAACUUUCAUUUAAUGAUCCAGCAUUAGUACCUGCAGAUCCAUUAUUUAUUGCUAUUUUCCAAAGAGUAUUGAAAAAUACAAGAAAAUUAUUUAAUUCCACAGACCCUUCUUCACAACCUUUAGUCAUUUCAGGUUCAGGUACUCUAGGUUGGGAUUUAUUUGCUGCUAAUAGUAUAGAUAAUGGUGAUAAUGUAUUAGUUAUCGAUACUGGUUUCUUUUCAGAACAUCUUGGUGAGUGUUUGGAAUCUUAUGGUGCUCAAGUCACAUAUUUAAAAGCAGAAGUUGGUGAUAUUGUUCCUUUAAAAGAUAUCGAGGCUGAACUUGGUAAAAAGCAAUAUAAAGCUGUUACAGUGACACAGGUCGAUACUUCUACAGCUGUGUUAAAUGAUGUGGAAGGCAUCUGUAAUAUUAUUAAAAAAGUUUCCCCAGAAUCUUUAAUAUUUGUUGACGGUGUUUGUUCUAUUGCUUGCGAAACAUUUGAGUUCGAUAAAUGGGGGGUAGAUUUUUGUGCUUCUGCUUCUCAAAAGGCUAUAGGUGCCCCAGUUGGUUUAAGUGUUUCAAUUGCUAGUGGUAGAUUUGUGAAAUUAGCAGAAUCGCAUAAAAAUAUUGGUUAUUUUACUUCUUUGAAGAAAUGGAUACCAAUUAUGAAAUCUUAUGAAGGAGGUGCAAGUAGUUAUUUUGCUACAAUUCCAGUAGAAACUGUCAAUGCUUUAGAUGCUGCUCUAACUGACAUUUUCAAUUAUCCAAAUGGGUUACAAGGUAGAAUUGAGGCCACUAAGAAAACAAGUGAUGAAUUUAAAUCAAAUCUACAAAAACUAGGAUUAAAACUGGUGUCGAUAAAUGAAAAUUGCCAGUCACAUGGUGUUACAGCAGUUUUUGUCGAUAACCCUCAAAAAGUCAUUAAAUAUCUAAGAGAUAAUGGUGUUGUAAUAACUGGUGGCUUGUUGAAAGAUAUUGGUCCAAAAUAUAUACGUAUUGGUCACAUGGGUGUAUCAGCAUGUGAUCCAAAAUUGAAUCAUGUACAAAGAUGUCUCGAAUUGAUUACAGAAGCAAUCAAAGAAUAA